UGUCUAUCACUCUCCUCACAUCUUCAUCUAUAGCUUCACCUCCUUCACUCUCACUCACUUUAUUCUGUCUGUCUUCAUUCUCUUCAUCUCAUAGUUUGACUGCAUCAUUCGCUCAGCGAUAUUAUUCUGACCCACAGUCACCAUGAGGACCAUGGCCAUCCUGUUUCUGACUUUAUUCAUGUUAACUCUCCUGAUUCCUGCAUCGUCUGCUGAUCAUCAAACAAACCACAGCCACACCACAACGCUUGCUCCAGAAGUUAGCUCCGGUUCUUCAACAAACAGGACUCAGUCUCCCAUGACAACAGAGGAAAAGGUCACCACACAGAGUGACAUUACCCCUGCAUCACCAUCAACAUUAGAUUUCAGAACAAGCAAACAACCUGACCAAUUUUCCUCCUCAGCACCGACCAAAGGCACAACCCCUCACUCAUCCAAAUCCACUGAUUCCAAGUUAAUGUGUUUUUUGAUUCUGUUGGCCAUUGUGGUGUUGAUGCUGUUCGUGGGAUGCCUCCAUGCCAUGUGUGUGCGAGACAGCCCUGUCUCCAGAUUCCUACUGGGUGUGAGGAAGAGGUUGAGGGACGCGAUCGGUAGCCUGGAGGACAGGAUGGGGCUUCACCUCUGGCCAGUGGGGAUGACAGGAGGGGAGGACGAUGAGGAGGAGGCAGAGGGAAGACUGGAAGAAGAAGGACGACAAAGAAGAGACAACGGGGGAGAACAAGGUAGUCAUGGAGUGAAGAACGGAGAAAAAGGGGAACAAAAGGAGGAAGACAGCGAUGAUUCACAAGACAACUCUAGUAUGGAGGGGGACAACAUAAGAGAGGUGGCGCUGAGCAGACGUGAGGAAGAGGAGAAGAAGCAAAGUGGGAACGAGGACGAGGAGGAAACAAGUAGUGAGAGUGAGGGAGACCAAAGUGCUGUGGAAGGACAGAGCAGUGGAGACAAACAGGGAGGCUCAGAGGAGAUAGCACUCGUUAACCCACUGCAGGAGAAUGACGAAAGGGCAGAUUUGUGUGAUGUGACUGUCCUGUAGUGAAAAAAAAAAAAAAAAGAUUGAAAACGAUGCCAGGAUUACACUGUCCUGCACGAGAAUAUGCUGAUCAGGGAUCAGAUUUAGUAGAAGAAUGAUCAUGUGAUGGUUUUAAUAAGUGAUGUCAGAGGUUAAAGGUUUUGAAUAGUGCAUGGCCUUCCUCAUGUAUUUGAACAGGAGGUACAACCGUGAUUGAUCAUUUUUGCAUGUUUUAUUUUGUAAAUCAGAAAAUGUUGUGAACCAAAUCUAAUGUGUGGGGAACACAGUCAGUGUGUGUUUGAUGAUCAGCAAAUAAACUGUUGAAAUAACCUCCAGUGUC